AUGUUGGAGAGAAGACCAGACAUGAAAAUAGACAUCUUUAUGUCCAAGGUAUUGAGUCCACAUGGACUCCAAUAAAGCCAAUCACAACUCAGUUUGCUGUGGGUAGAAACCAAACUGCACAAGUUGUUAGAAAACAGUUUCCACUUAGACCCGCUGCGGCUAAGACAAUUCACCGUUCACAAGGUGACACUGAACAAAAAAUUGUUGUAAAUUUCAACACUAGAAGAUCAAUACUACAUAUGCAUUAUGUUGGUUUGAGCAGGGUAACAGCAAUUGAAGGUUUAUUUAUCACUGACCCAUGUGAAGAUAAAAUAGCUGUCAAUCCUCAUGCAUGUAGCAGCUGAAAUGGAACAUUUGAGAAAUGAACGUGUACUAAAACUAAGUGUCACUCCUAUUUAUAAGGCAGACCAAGUCUCAUUCAAACUGUGCUAUCUAAAUGCACGGUCGUUGCAUAAACACAUUGAUGAUAUUCGGCAUGAUUUUAAUUUCGCAAAUACAGACAUCAAUAUUUUUUCUGAAAAUGCCACUCGGAUAAUGCCAGUAUGUAUGAUAUGGAUGGUUACACCUUGUUCAGAAAUGAUGGUCACUCUUCGACUACCAGACCCUUUGGUGGCAUGGCAGUGUUUAGCAGAGUUGAAUUCUUACCUGGAUAUCCAUGUUGUUAUAAUAUCAAUGGCAUUGAAAUACCAUUAUGAAAGCAAUGAUAUGAUUCGUCCACUUGUUACUAUAAUUGGUAUAUAUCGAUCACCCAGAAUUCUAGUACAACAAUUGUGUGCAGCAUUAGAUGAAGUUUUGAGGUUCUGUACUUCUCAAUUUAACAUUUUCAUUGGUGAUUUUAAUAUCAAUUGGUUGGAUGAAGCCAAUAGAAGGCCUUUCAGUAGAUUUUUUAUCAAUGAUCAUAACUAUAUGCAAUUGGUGUCUAAUGUCACUACAGACAAUCGGACAUUAAUAGAUCAUAGUUAUACAAAUCUGCCAGAGUCACAAGUUAGUUCACACAUUUUGGAAACUUAUUUCUCAGAUCAUAAAGCAGUUUGUGUCUUAAUUAAUUGUUUUCAUUAAAGCAAACUUAGCAUUGUCAUGAAAUAUUUCUAUAUUGGGACAAGAGUCACUGGACACAAUUCACUUAAAUACUUACACAUUUUGGUUUUAUACACAUUAGAAUUCAACAAAAUUUACUAAUUUUCAAAUGCUAAUAACAGAAUCACCAGGUAAGCAAGUUUUUUUUACACCUCCCCCCAGCCCCCACCCACCAUUUUGCUUUCUAACAUAAAUGUUUUUGUUUAGAGAUUAAUACAACAAUGACAAAUAAAUGUACUGGAUAUAUUUGUUGGAUAAUUCCAUCAGAACAACCCACCUGCAAGACAAUCUUACUUAAAUUACAUUAGUAUGGCUAUACGAAAAUAACUUAACAGCUACAAUAAUCAUAUGGAUGGAUCUGAUCAAUGGCAUACAAUGUACAAAACCAAACUUGUACUCAAAUGGAUAGCUUCUACUCAAACGGAUUUUCUUUAACAAUACAAAUUGUUUUUGUGUGGAUAUGCUGUGUUAAAAUUAUGCCGAACAGUGUGCUAUAUCAUUAACUGUGCACAGGACUGGAAUGGAAUUAUACACUUCACUUGCGACCCUCAAAACAUUCUCUACUGAUCAGUAGUCUUCCAUGUUCCUCGAAUACUUUGUGUAUGUUACUCAACAGUUAACAUUGGCAAGUGUAAUUAACAAGUGACAACAGAACUUUUGCUUCAUAUGAUUACAAUAAAGUUUUGAAAAUUCUAUGUGUAUGGAUUGACAAGUGACAACAUGUGCUAUAUCCUGACUAUAUGGCAUCUAAAAUGUUUUGUAUAUUGACAUUAUAUGGAUAAUAAAGAUUGUCAAGCUAUCUCUGUGACAUCACAACUUUUAGUUGACCUAAGGAAACCUUUAUUACAGUUAUGGAAACACCGCUGCAAGUGGAAUUUAUAGCAGCUGUUUUAUUCACCAUGAAAACCAGAUCUCAUUAUUUUAUUCAAUACUAGAAUCUAACAUUAUUUUUAAAACAUCUAUUUUCAAUUGAAAACCUUCAGAAACUGUACAGUCUAUAAUAUAUACUAUAUAAUAUAUACUCGUGAUCAGGCGGUGUGCGCACUGCGACCGCAAUGCAUUAUUUUGGAUAUUUUCUUAAAGAUGGCGGAUUUCUAGCACGAUUAAAGGUAUGUUGGCGCUCUAUUUUCUGCCACGUUUUAAAGUUUAAACUUUUUGUUUUUUAUUAAAAAGGAAGUUACAUGUAAUAUUUUUAUGCCGUGUUACUUUUCAAAUCGAUAAUUUUUGGAAUUCGAUAAAAAAUAUCAUUUGAUUGUAAACUCGUGUAUUUUUCCCAAAUACACUGGUCCAUUUACUUUUACAUGUCACAGCUUAACCGUUCACACAUCACAUUUAAAAUUGCAAUUGGCAUAAUCUAUGACCAUUAUUUGUGACCAUAUUUAAUAGCGCCCCUUGGCGCCCCUCAAUAUUGUAUAUUUUUUGGUCUUUUAUCUCAUGGUAUUUCCUUUGCUAAUUUCAGGUCUUCUUGUCCAGAGUUCAUGUUCUCCCGCUAUUUUGGGGAAGCGUUCGUGCAUCCCAGAGUCCCAUACGCCAGGCAAACAAAAAACAAAGCGGCAACGAAAUAAUAAACGCAAAAGAGAAGCAAAAAAAAUUUCAAAUGGAAAAAAUAAUUGUGUCAAAAUGAGCAAGACACAAUACACAAUACACAAUGGCAGACUGUUGGACAACCGAAGAACAGACUUAAUGGGACUGUUUCACAUUUGACAGGAUCAAUGACUGUCUGGUGGUGAAAAACCAUUUGUGCUUGUUGGAACCGUUUCUUGUAGUCAGUUGGAGCAAAUGGCAAUGACUGGAACACGUUUAAAUAAUUUUUGUUCUCACAAGCAAUUUUCUUAGCCUUAUUUAUGCCAAUACCUCGGAUAUUUUCUAUGUAGUCACAACCAGCUGCAAUACACAUAUCAGUAAACUUUUCCUUGGUUAAUUUUAGAUGUGUUAAAAUUUUUGCCAUUUCCACCAAGUUACCCAUACCAUUUGUUUGUAGCUUAAAUAGCACCUGAAAUAUAUGACAUGUAUACUGUAGUCCACAUUGCUGCAAAAUGCCUUACCUACGGAUGUAAUAAUACAGAUAGUGUCUCGCACAAAUAGUGUACAGCAUUAUACCUGGGCAUUCACCAAGUCAAUGUUGAAAAUAAUAGUUCUGUGUAAAUUUUACCCCACCCAGGCCAGCCAAUAUUUAGAAGCAGGACACCCAUGUCAGCAGUUUCACACAGUGUAUUAAUUAUGUUAUGGUAUGAACUACUUUGCAUAUGUAUUUGAACUGCCAGGCUGACCUGGUUCCCAAUCUGAUAAAACUUUCUCCCUAUAAACACAAACUGGGCUGGUGUGGAUGGAAGUUCUAUGAAUGCUGCUGUGAGUUAUGUAGAAAAACUGUUAAAACACUGUAAACCCACUACACUUGUGCUGUUUAUAAAGCAUAUACAAUCACAACAAAUUUGUUAUUCAUAUAUUUUAUAACACUUCAUUGAACAAUGUUUUACUAAGUCUAUACCUGCAUACAUGACCACCAUCAUCAAAAUGCAAACAAAAACAUCCCAUUUUAUACAACAAUUAUUAUACAACAACAUGCUAGAAUCCAUGUAUUAGCAUUAACAUCACACUGAUAUAGAGCAUUUGCACAUGACGUCACAGCCGCCAUGUUGGUGUUCCAAUUCAAAAUAAUUUUAAUUAGACUCUUGUCUGGAACACCAACAUGGCCGCCAUGGCUUUUGUUGAGUUGGUCCCUGGGGAAUGAGUGCAAAUGCUCUAUACAAGCAGGUCCUAAUCUUAACACACUGCAAAACCACAGCCUCAAAUCAAAGUGCUUGGGGACAAGGCUGGCAAAACCAGCAUAUCCAUUAUUCACAAUAAAUGCAAUUUCUGGAUCUGCUUCAUAUGGUGCCAUUAUGUACUGAAUAUCUUUUUCACAGCAAAGCUGAAAGGUGGAUAAUAACAAAUUGUUAUUUACUGCACACAACUACUUUCCAAUUUACUCUAUAAUUUUUUAUGCAUUUGUACAUAAAAAGGGUGUCGUUGAAAAAUGGGAAUUUGAAUUUUGCAAAAUAAAUUGAUCAAAUGUCUGAUUAGCAAUGUAUUGGCAUAGAUUAUAAAUUGUUGUGACAUUCCUGUGCACCAAUAAAAUGUAAAUUCUGGGGAGGGGUAUGGGCAAGGUGUGAGGAUUUGGAUUUUUUUUUAAUUUUGGGUAAAUUCUAGUGAGUGGAAGGCAUACAAAGUUCUUGAAAACUAGAUGUGAAAACUAGUAUGUGGUUCAAUUUAAACCACAUCAUUUUUCUUACUCUCCAUAUAUUGUUAUGCAAAGCGUUUUCCUGCCAGCUGCAAAUUGCCAUUGCAAUGACCUUUUAUUACUUAGAUGCUAUUUAUAUGACCUUGGAUACUAGAGACACCCAAUCCACACAAGACAACUUCACUGCAUGUUUAUAUGAAAAAAAUUUAUAGCCCUGGCACUGUAUCUCUUCCUACGAGAAUGGCUCUAAGUAUGAGAUUGUGACUCCUGAAACAUGCAGUUAUUUGUUUGAAGGCCUGGGAAUGAAAAGUUAUCCCUGGAGGCCGAGACAAACUAUUUACAUGGACAAAAGUUGUCCCUCCUACAAGGGUAACCCUGUUUUGUAAACAGGGUGUCCCUACUGCCAGGGUGACCCUACCAGCCGAGACGAAAACUUUCCAUAUAAACACUUGCGUUUAAAUGUUAUAUAAUGAAUAUAAUUUUGCCUCUCCCAACCCGAGAUUAUAUAAACAGCACCUCAUCUCUUUUCAAUGUUGCAUUAUAUUUACAAUAUUUGUGAUACCAAAAAUUGAAUUGGCAUGGCAUAUAUGAUUUUCAUCCCAUAGUUUUUAGGUAAGAUUGUGUAGUCAAACUAUAGAAAUUGUGACCUAUGAUGGCAUUAGAAGUGCUAAAAUGAUGGGCAAAUUCUAAGCAUAACUAAAAUUACAUGGAAUUUUACAGAUACUGUACUGAGCAUAUAACUGGCUUGUAUAUUGCAUUAAAUUAAACAAUAUAAUGUUGCAGAAAAAUUUCCGUGUCUAUGCAUACUUUUACCGUAUGUCCACAACCCUGAAAAGUUUGCAUAAUAAUUAUAAUAACAAUACAGUCAUAAGAACAAUAAAGUAAAUAGAAUAUACAUAAGUUUAGCGAUUGAAACACUGCACAAAUUGAUAAGUAAACAUAUAAAUAAAAACAUACUUGCGAUCAUCGCCAAAUCUUUGAAACUCACAGCCAACGCUUUGUGCAGCCAGCAGGAUGCAUUGACUGCACAAACUUUUCCAGAAGUUCUUUGACAUGUACUGCCACUGUUGAUUCUUUCAAGAAGGGCAAAAGACACUUUUAAUAUACCCAUCGCUCGGCCGUGCACAGUGUUUUCACCUCGAACGUCAGAACGCAAAUGAGUGAAUUUUUUAUUUUACUCAUGAUGCAUUGCGGUCGCAGUGCGCACACCGCCUGACUCGUGAUGUAAAUUUUAAAAUAUUUUAUUUUAUGCUAGUGUAAUAUUGUAUGCAUGAAAAUUUUAUUUUCUGACGCAUAAUUAUCUGUUACAAUUAUAAUCACAUUACAAAAUUAGUUAGGGAGCAGUUGCCACUGCUUGUUUGACUUUAAAAUCUUAUUUGCUAUUAUAAUUAUAAUAAGUGAUGAAAUAUUUCAAUUGUCCCAUGUCAUCAUUAUUCAGUUCCUUUCAACAAAAUACAAAAUGUGAAUCCAGUUUUUCGCAGACACGUGUACGCGUAGCGUACCUAUUUUUGCUGUUAAAGUUGGCUAAUUUGAGCGUUUUCACAAAAUGGCCGGGAGAAAGAAACCUGGAAACUAAUUACCAGAAGUGACGUACACCCAGGGAGAAGCGAAGUGGCGAGGUCUGAAGGUCUGAAGUGAGCAGUGUUAUUAAAUAUAUAGAUUAUGGAUAAAAGAUACAAAUUUUAUAAACAUGUCUACUUCCCCGUCUGAUAGCGAAACUUCUGUCGAUACCGAUAACAGCCCAAACGACUCGGACACUGAUUUUAUAUCGGGAUACUGUACGUCUUCGAGGGUCAAAAUAACGACGAUGUUGCCAGUGCAACAGCUGGUAAUGCAGAGGAGACGAACGAUGGCUCUCUGUCUUACGAAGACGAGCCUAUAGCAGAUGACGUUUGGCUUGCCAACUACAAAGAGCAAAAACGAAAGCAAGACGAGCGGCGCAAAGAAAUGGAUGGAAAGUCGUUUGGAGCAACCUGAUUCUGUGCAUAUAUGGUAAGUGACACGAAAAAUGUAAAAAUAACAUUUCUCAAGCGAAUACUAUAUCACUACAGUCUAUUUAUACAAAUUCCUUUUACGAUUUUUGUUAGGUGUAAAUGUGGUAAUUGUAGCACCGAAUUGUUGCAAAAUAGUAAAGAAGCACAGUGCUGUAUGGAGAUAGGUGGCUGUGUUGAAGCCAUAAACAGCGAUCAAGUCCUCAGCGAAGUCGAUAGUCUACCGAGUUGUGUGACAUUCCAUCCUGGGUUUAACCCCGUUUGUUUAGAAACCUGGUCACUUCGCCAAGCAGGACGAAAGUAUCGAAAGAUUGACGGGACUAAGUACCAUAAGUCAGAUUCAGAGAACAGGUAAGAUAGAGAAUAUUCUUGGGCAUUGCACAGUAGUGAAAACUUGGGGUUUAUUAAUUACCGUAAUUAUUUAUAUUGCGAUUUAAAUCAAUUGUCCAAAAAAAUAAAAUUAUGUUGGAGUUAUGGUUGGCAAUUCAUUAUUUGAUAAACAAAGCAGUGGUGGAUGAAGCAAGGGUUGUGUCUCCCCCCCCCCCCCCCCAAGAAAAAGUAUUACAUCAGACACUUGUGUCACUGAUCUUUGUUCAUUUGUUAGAAUGGCACUCUAUCUGCACUCUAGCAAACGCUGUUUUGUAUCCUUGAAAACUUAACUGGUGAAUUAAUCUUUUGCUCCAUCUCCCUCAAGAGCUUCCUAGUGACUUUGGUGACCCAUUGUGCACACUCCAACAAUUAUGUUGUUUCCAUGCAUUCCUUUACUUUAAAUAAUAUUCAUGAAGUGCCUUUGACUUUCCAUUAUAGAUAUCUUCGUGCAGUUUCAUACAGGGAAUUUACAUACCUGGUUUACGGCUACCUGAGACAACGGAGAUAUCCACUACCUGCAUGUGCAUAUCAUGCAAUUAGAAAAACAUUUUUGGAAGACAAAGAUUCUAAAUGUUUGGGUUAUGAUGAUGGACAAUAGAGAUCCACUGAAAGUGUGUUCAUUGCAUAUCAAAAGGAAUUAAGUUGUUUCAGUUCAUGUUUGUUACAAAUUGAAUGUUACCAUGUCUUGUGGAUUGUCUAUGAUCUGGAGUAACAUAAUUGUUACAAAGGAGGUUCGGGUAUUUCCUACAAGCACAGUUGAGGAAGCCAGUUUUAUUGUUUAUGCAAUUACAAAGUUAUGAUAACUUUUAUAUUGGGAUAUAAAGCACAACACACAAUAUAAUUAGUCACAAUAAUUGUGCAUCAGCUGAUUAAACAGCUCAUCAAUUGAUCAGCUGAACAUUGUGAAACAAUGCACUUCUACUAUUCCACACUGCUAUUUUGAUUCUUUGUACAUCCCACAACAAAUUUGUGUCCCUUCAUUGGGUGCCCACAGGAUUUACACCGAGGCUUGUGUCUUGUUGUCACUGCCACGUGCUCUGCAACCUCACAAACUACAAGAAUAAAACACAUACAAUAUACAUAGAUUAGUCCUAUGUGAAAUAUGUACCAAUUAAUAUCUAUGCUGGGUACAAUCCCAUGUUGCAUGCUUUCUGUAGUGUCUGUCUGUACCAUUGUAGUAAAAUUAGGCAAAGGUUACAACUCAAUUUUUACUGCAAUUAUAUAAAAAAUACAAUUUAAAAUAAUUCACCUCUUGCAGUUGCUGGGACAUCUUCAAUAACCAUUUGUUUUCGCUGAUCCCUUUUUGCUAUGGCUUCAUCUUUUGGCUGUUUCUCCAGCAUGGUGUCCAUAGGCGAUGGAGUUAUUUCUGCCAGAGCUUUGGAGGCACGUUCACGGUCAUUUUCAGUAGACUGUACAAAUGUCUCGAAAAUAUCAUCUACAUAAUCUUGAAGUUAGAAAAAAUAAUUGUAAAUUAACCCAUUAACCCUUCAAGUGGCAAUGCACCCUGAUGCACCCUACUUUAUUUUUUGCUCUGUCUAACACCAGAUGAUUUUACUUGUCUUGCUACUCAAUGGAUUAACUGUCAGUACACUACUGCUGAUGAGUAAAAUCAUCUGGCAUUAGACUGAGCAAAGUAAUAAAGUAGGGUGAAUCUGGGUGCAUUGCCAGCUAAUAGGUUAGUAUAAUGUAUGUUAUGAAUAAAAAAACAAGUUUGACUCACCAAAGUUUGGUUUUACUGUGACAUUCUGGACUGUGGCUUCCCCAUUCUUAAAUUUGGGGUAGACAAUUUUAAGCUGUUCUGAUCCAUUGGGUUUUUUCUUAAAAUCUCUGUGUAAAUUGCAGUUGAAAUGUAUCGCUGACAGAGCAUGUCUACCAAAAUGAAAUAAUCUUUAAGUUUCAUAAACUAUUUCUACAGUAGAUAUAGAAAUCCUAUGAAAAACUGUAACUGCAGACUGGGAUGAGGUGGAUAUGGCUACCAUACUGAACACUGGGGAGAUGCAGUAACAAAAUUACAGUCAACAUUCUGUACAGUGCACAGUAUGCUCACAAUUUAAAAAUCAAGGAAAUUAUAACAUAAACAACUAACCUGCAAUACAUCCCAGGAAAUUUAAACACAACCAUUUGGGGGGCAAAAUGAUUUAGGACGGAGUGAAACCCUUCCAAACUACUUGUUUGUGAGUGUGAAGAUGCCUGCAUUAUUCCACUCUUGAUGCUCUUUUUUGUCAAGGUUUUACAUACUUCAUCAUAAACAGCAGAAUCUAGAAAUAUACUUGUGUUAAUGUAACCAGUGUACAGUACGUUACCCACUAUGACGUUUCAUUGCACUAUUUAACUACUAAGACCAGAAUGCUUUGCAGGUAUAACGUACCUUGCAAUUAUGCUUGAAUGUUGGAAAAGCAUGCUGGUCUUAUUAGUAAAAUAGUGCAAUAAAUGUCAUAAUGGGUAAGGUCAAUUCAGAAUGAUUAUGAGCAAUUUGAACAAUGACCUUUUCUUAUAGUACAUUAAUUCAUAACAAAAUACUGUAGCAGUAUCUUUACUACAACAGUAGUAAAACAGCAAACAUCUUUAAAUAGCUCAUUAAAUAGCCCAGGGAAAGCAAUUUGCCCUAACAAGUCCACCUGAAAAUUGCAAAGUAGCAUAUACAUUAAAUAGGGCUGUUUUCAGGCUAUCAGUUGUUAAAUGCCACCUAGAAAGCUGGGAAUUGUUCAUGAACCUUAUAGUUAUCGAUAAAGCUUUUUGGCAGUUUUUCUGCCAGAAGAAAAAAGUUGAUACAGUCAGAUUGCAGAGAAAAUUUUUCCUUUAAUUGAAGAGAAAUGAAACAGGAAGCAGCCAGGCCAUGGAGUAUCAAGGUUUUCAAAGGUGCAUGGAAUUUGUCUUACAGAGGAGUUGAAUAUGACAAUAUUCAUUUCUGAUAGACAUCGAUAAAGAAACACAUGAGAGAGCAACUUCCAAAAGUCGUUCACUACUUUGAUCUUUGGCAUCUUACAAAAAGUAAGAUGGAAUUAACAGAUGGCAUGUUUUCAUUUUCAUAUAUACCAUAGAAGUUCUAGGAGUGGUUAUUAUUAUGGGACACUGUAUAAUUAUAAUAUUUGCAUUUGUCUAUUUAGAAGUCCAAAAGGUCUUGCAGAAAAUUGCAAAGAAGAAAGGGAAUGAUUGUCUCUUAGAAUGGAUUAAGCCUUGUGCAAAUCAUUUGUAUUGGAGUGCGACCACAACACUAAAUGGUGAUGGACAAGUUAUUUGGGCUAAGUUUGAAUCAUUUUUUAGCCAUAUCAUUGACAAACAUGAAGACCUUACCAACCAACGGUUCAACGGGUGUGCUCAUAAAGAAAACAGCACAGACAGGAAAUGGCUACUUGAAGGUAUAUAUGUAAUGUACAGAAUAGUUGGAAAGUGGGAGUAACAUUUAUACAGUAUGUCAGCAAGGUUGUUAAAUAUCAACUUAGCAAUUUCCACCUAACACAUAGACACUUACAUUUCAAAAACAUCUAAUUUAUACAGUAUCUCAAAAUACUAUCUCUGUGUUUAAGCUACAGUAAACAACUGCAUGACACAAUUAUUCUGACAAGGCAGUUUACCAACAUGUACUUCCAGCCAUACCUGGACAAGGCUAAAGUGUAUAACCUUAUACACUUAAUGUCUGCUCCCGAGGGAAAUAGUUAGUUUUGUUUUCCCGAGAAUCUCAAUGUUUCCCGAGACGAAGUCGAGGGAAACAUUAAGAUUCGAGGGAAACAUUAAGAUUCGAGGGAAAACAAAACUAACUAUUUCCCGAGGGAACAGGCAUUAAGUGUUUUGUUAUAUAGCGACGAACAAAAAUCAACUUCAACAACAUUCAUACAACAAUUGUAUUUUCGUGACAAAAACUCUAUAGUGUAAACGAGUUUAAAAUUAAAAGAACCUACUUAAACGGUUUCAGCAGCAUAUCCUGUUGCCUGUUGUAUAUUUUUCUUCUCUUUUAUAUUCUUUAUUUGAACACAAACUUGGAAAAUCGUAGUUUCUAAUUAUCUGAGUUGUGCCUCCAUUUUGUUUAUUUAUGUACGUGGCCGGUCGGGGCGGGCAACAAUUUUUCACUUGUUGCCCGGCGGGAAACAUUGCAUUUAUCUGAAGUCACGUGACCACAAAUCAGCCAAUCACGUUUGGUGUUCACGCUAGCUAUAUAACAAGACAGUUUGUUUAUUGAGAUGCAUACAUGACAGUUUGUUUAUUUCCUUCAUUCGUAUUUGUCGUAUUUAUCUAUGCGUAUAUAUAAAUACGACAAAUACGAAUGAAGGAAAUGCCGGGACGGGAGAUCGUCAAUUUUGACAUAAGUGUAAGAAUGCAGCCAUAAAAUUGGUGGAAAUGAAGGAGAUUUAAGACAAUCAUCUUUGUUUGCCUUCUAUGUUUUGUUUUAUUCCUGAAUUCUCUUAUAUGCGUUGAUUCAGCAAGUAAUUUACCUAGUCACGUACAAACAAACGAUGAAAUGUUUCAACUUGCAUACUUACAGUACAGUAUUAAUAAUGUCUCUAUUGCCACAUAUGAACUUGAACGGUCUGUGCCAGUGGAAGUAGUGCCAACAAUAACAAGCUUUCGUUGCUAGGGAUGCAACCUGAAAAAUACAAAGCGAAAUUCGACGUUUUGAGCAAAGGUCCUUCCUUACUAUCGUCAGGAAGUUAGUAGCGGGGGUUGGAUAAAUUACAUGAGCUUUUUUUCUAAGAAUAUAAAGGCGAUCACGUGACAAAAAAUGAACCAAUCAGAUGGGUUUAGUCAAAACAAAGUACAAACAAAUUCUUAGGCCUUUUAUUACUGGAACUCCACAUUAAAAGAAAUAUGCAAGGAACUUACUCAAUAUUUGUUCUUCAAUUUCAGGCCGAAAAAACAAGUUCAGGUUUAUCCAAGAUUGGUCGCCUGUCAAGUGGGCCUGGAACCUCCAUUCCUGAACAGAAAUCAAAAGCACUGAGUGGUCUUCAACGGCCAACAACGGUUCGACCGUCUUCUGCGUCGAAGCUCAACCCUCCGCAAUCCAGUGGCCUCCAGACACCAUCAAAAUCUGGUACUAAAUCUGGUACACUACAAACACCAACAUCCCGACAUCAACUUUCACAGAAACAAGCACUACCUGCAGCUGGAGUGAAACAAGAAUCACCACCACAACAAUCACAGCAAACAAAACAACAACCAAAACAACAACAACAGCAAUCACAACCAAAACAACAGCAGCCAAAACAGCAACAACAACAACAGCAACAACAACAACAACAACAACAACAACAACAACAACAACAACAACAGGCAGAUAAACCAAGCAGCAAUCUGUCUAUGAGAGAUUUAGUUGAGUUACAACAUCAAUGUGCGGAAAAGGAUCGUCAAAUUCAAGAUCUUGAAGAAAAAUUAGCGACUGUUAAACAAAAACGUCUGGAAGAUAAAGUUAAAUUAAAAGAACUUGAAAAGACAAAAUUACAGCUUGGUCAGGUACUGUAUGCAUAUGUUAAUUGAUAGUAUCACUUCUUACCACAUUAUUUUGCUGAUUAUUUUUGACAACUCUUUCAGUUGGUAACUUAUAAGACAAAGUGGCAAGAAUCACAGAAAGAUCUUCAAGCCCAACUAAAAUCUGCCAAAAAGGUAUAAUUAAUAAUAAAAUUGUUUUUCUUAAAUAUUGUUAACAAAGUCAUACAGUAUUGUAAUAACGUAAUUAUUGAGUAUGAUGGAGUAUACGAUGUGUUCCUGUUGGGAAGUAUCAUAUUUCAUGGAGAGUUGGUUGCAUGGAGUAUCGAUCAUUUUAGAUUUAUUUAUGAUUAAUGAGCCCUAGGCUGAGAAUAGCACUAGUCUAUACACAAAUAGUGCAGACAAUUUUACUGCAUAUACAAUACCUAACCCGAUCUUAGACAGAACAUUAAUUCUAAAACAUCAAAUGGCUCAGCAACUAUACAAGCUGCUGACUGAAAGCAUAUUGCACAAACCAGUUAGCCACGCGCUCGGUAAUACUAAUAUUGCAUAUUCUGUAAAUGUUAUACUUUUGUACAACUUUUUGUUUCAUCCUGUACCACAUAAAAAAAAACGAUUAUACGUCUCUAUUACGUGCAGGAACUUCAAGAGCUGAAAGAAGCUCACGAUGAACAACCAGAUGAUUUGGCCUCUCUACAAGAAGCGGUUGAAAUGGCGACAUUGGAUAAAGAAAUGGCGGAAGAGAAGGUAACUCACUGCAUGAAUGUUAUAUCCAUUGCGUGGUAUAAUACCUCAAGACUGGUUUCCAUUUUGUCAUCACUGUGAGCUUAUGAAGGUGGCAGAUAUAAUACUUGUAUAAUAGAUAUAAAAGCAAAUAGAGCUGAAUUAUAUAACAUGGAAAUAUAUUUUGCAUGAUAUGAAUUUAAGGCCCGAAUACAAAGUUCGUUGUUUGGGAUGAUCUCUGUAUUAUAAACAAUAAGAAGCAAUGUGUAUUGUUUUUGCACAUCUGUCCUUUGCCAAGAAAGAAGCCAAGUUAUCCCAUAACCUGCAUUGACGUUUAGUAAAUUAUCCAUUUCUUGCAGUUUGAAUCAAUUGUUCAAGAAAAUGAGAGUUUGAAGGAAAAGGUGGAGGAAUUUUCACUGGAGUUGGAAAUACUGAGGAGUGAGGUUUCAGAUGGAGGUAUGGAAAACAUCUCAGGACACUUGUGAAUCUUGCCUGUAAUAUUGAAUAUCAAAUGUUGACAUACUGUAUGCUGUUUUUACAGGAAUAGAAGGAGCAGCCACGAAUGCUGA